UAUUAUCUAGUGCUUUCUAUUGAAGUUACCUUGAUUUUGUCUAUGCUGACUUGUCUACAGAAAUUCAAUGGAGUGGGCUCUCUGAAUAUGUGGAGGUGAAACUCUUAUCCUAAGUACACACAGGGCUGGCUCAAAAUCACUCUGAUUUGAACUUGGGUCAUAUGCAGGAACUGUUGAAACUAAAAGAAAUGAGAACUCUUUCCUUAGAUACACACGGUCUCUAAGCCCCCUUGCUGGAUCUGAUGCUGGUUGCUUGCAAUGAAGACACGCCAUAUCAGUGAAACUGCCCAAGUUUCAGGGUAAGUGAUGAUGGCAUCUUCUGUUUCCAACCAGAAAUAUGAUGUCUUUCUGAGUUUCAGGGGACGAGAUUUGAGGAAAGGUUUUGUGGAUCAUUUGCAUUCUUCACUUACAACAACUGCAAAAUUAAAUGUUUUUCUGGACUCUGACGAAAUUCAGCCAGGUGAUGACAUUGCUUACGUUAUAAAAAGGGCAAUUGAGAGCAGUAGUAUUCGGAUCCCUAUUUUCUCUGCCAACUAUGCAGAGUCUGUUUGGUGUCUUAGGGAGCUCACCUUUAUGUGCAGUUCUCCGGAAUUGCUCAUCAUUCCUUUGUUUUAUGAUGUGAGUCCCUCAGAUGUUCGAUAUCCUGAUAAAGGCCUAUUUGCUCAGGCCUUUCAGAAGCACAAAGACAGAUAUCCAGAAAGUACAAUUGCAGAGUGGAAAAGUGCCCUGUUUACAGUUUCUUCCUUCUCUGGCUGGUCCCUUGACAUGACUCAAAGAUAUGAAGGAAAACUGGUGAAGCUCGUGGUCCAGGACAUAGUUAACAAGUUGAACAAUGUGCCGUUAGAUGUUGCAGAAUUUGUUGUUGGAAUGGAAGAGCGGAAGGCUGAGGUGAUCAAAAUGAUUGGAAUUGAUUCCGAAGCGAGAUUGAAAACAGUUGGAAUUUGUGGUAUGGGAGGUGUUGGGAAAACCAGCCUUGCAAAGGCUGUAUAUAAUGACAUUUAUCUCAAAUUCGAAGCUGCCUGUUUUGUGUCUGAUGUUCGCCUGAAAUCACAACAAAUCAAUGGUAUAAGUCAAUUACAAGGUCAAGUACUCAAGGAUCUACUGAAGGUAGAAUACCAAGUAAAUGAUGAUGCCCGUGGCAAGGCUCUAAUUAAAGACCGUUUAAGGUAUCUCCGUUGUCUUGUUAUUCUUGAUGAUGUUGAUAAUCUUGUACAGUUGGAUGCAAUUAGAGGAGAUUGGUUUGCACCAGGCAGCAGAAUUAUUGUCACAACCCGUGAUAGUAAUGUACUGAGUAGUAAAAAAACUGAUGAAAUCUAUUAUAUGAAGGGAAUUCCUGAUGAUCAAGCUCUUCAAUUAUUUAGCUGGCAUGCCUUUCUCCAGACAAGUCCUGAUAAAGCAUUUCAAGAUCUUUCUCUCAUGGUUGUACAGCGCUGUGGUGGACUACCACUUUCACUAGAGGUGCUUGGCGGCUUCCUAUAUGAUAAACGAGACAGAAACCUUUGGCUGGAAGCAUUAAAGCAGUUGGAGAAUGCCAUGUAUGAUAGCAUCCAUGGAAGGCUCAAAAUUAGCUAUGAAGGUCUUAACUAUAAUGAGAAGGAAAUAUUCCUGGAUAUAGCCUGUAUAUUUAUUGGUAAAGAGACUGAAACUGCAAUCACAUUUUGGGAAGCUUCAGACUUGGUUCCAAAUAUAACAGUGACAAAUUUGGUACUCAAAUCCCUUAUCAGAAUAAGCGAUGAUGGAAAAUUCUUAAUGCAUGAUCAGCUAAGGGAAAUGGGAAGGGCUAUAAUUACCAACGAAUCCAAAGAGCCUGGCAAACGCAGCCGCCUAUGGAAGCUGGAUGAAGUGCAACAAGUGCUAAAGAGCCAUCAGGAAGCCAGAAGUGUUAGAUGUCUUAUAUUAGAUGGAGAACUGGAAGUGGAAGAUGCUGUCUUGGACACAGAAUGUCUGGAAUCAAUGCAGAAUCUACAACUUUUAUGGUUAACUGGCGUGACCAUCACUGGUGGCCUUAAAAAAUUAUCUCCUCAAUUAAGAUGGCUGAAAAUGGAAUUGUGUACUGGCUUGGAUUGCCUGGGCCUGGACUCAAAUAUGGAACAUCUAGCCAUAUUGGAUUUGAACGGGAGUGAUAUCAAAGCACUAUGGAGACAAGGUUCGCGUCCAAAGGUUUCCAAAAAUCUCAAGGUGCUAAACCUUAAUCGCUGCCAACAUCUCAAGGAAUUUCCAGAUCUAUCAUACCACACUUCUCUUAUAGCCCUCCACCUUAAUGAUUGCAUGACAUUGUCAAGGAUACCAAGCUAUUUUGAUCUCCUAAAACAGCUGAAAUACCUAGAUCUUUCCUCUUCAGAGGACUUACAGUUUUUGCACAGCAUAACAAAACUUAUUUCACUUAAGCAUCUUCUUCUGUCUUGCUGUUAUAGUAUCAAAGUCUUGCCUAGACAUCUUGGAGAGCUUAAAUCCCUUGAAACACUUGAUCUGACCUCAACUGGAAUACAAGAGCUGCCUGAUCUUCCUUCUGAAAAUUUGAAAGAACUGAUGUUGCUGAGAUGCUUUAGGUUGAAGUGUUUGCCUGAGUCUAUAAAGUGCUUGAAAUAUUUAACGUAUUUGGAAAUCAGUGAAUGUCAUGGCCUUACUGUUUUGCCGCCAUCAGUAGGUGAACUAAAAAGCUUGUCUAAUUUGUACAUGAAAGAAUGCACAAGAAUAUCUCAUUUGCCAGAAGAAAUUAGAAAUUUGGUCAAUUUGAAAGAAUUAGUGAUGAACAAUUGUUGCAGCCUAAUGGAACUUCCUCAAAUUGGGAGCCUCGUAAACUUGGAACAUCUACUUCUGAAUGGCUGCAGCAAGCUAAAGACUUUGCCACGGGAUAUUGGAGACCUUGAAUCUUUAAUCUUUUUAGACUUGGGGUAUUGCAGUAGUUUGACAAGUUUGCCUAAGUCAAUAGGUGGACUGAAAUCCUUACUCUCUCUGGAUAUGCAAUACUGCAUAAGCAUAAGGAAGCUACCAGAAGAGCUAGGUAAUAUUGCAACUCUAGAGAACCUUAAUCUUAGACAAUGCCAUAACCUGUUUGAACUUCCAUAUCUAGGAAAUCUUGUACAUCUACGAAUUCUGAAUUUGUUUAAUUGCUCUUGCAUAUCUAAUCUUCAGAAAAAGUUCUCAGGACUUAAAGCAUUAGUGACCUUAGAAGCAGGGGAAUGCAAAUUUCAGGAAGGUGAUCUCACAGAAGAUAUUGGAGAUUUGCAGUUCCUGGAAUACCUGAAUAUGGAACACAAUACAUUUUACACACUACCAGCAAGUAUCAGUUUUCUUCUUGGACUGAAAAAGUUGAUUCUACAUCACUGUCAAAAUCUACUAGAAAUGCCAAUUCUUCCUCGAGGGCUGGUAAAAGUGGAUGUUGGUGACUGUCCUCAGUUAAGAAAAGUAGAAAAUUUAUCCCAUUUGGAGAAGCUGGAGGUCCUGGUUAUAUGCAACUGUGGGCAGCUAUUUGAGUUACCAGGACUUGGCUGUUUGAAAUCAUUAAAACAACUGAAUUUAGCUGGGUGUAACAGUCUCAAAGGCCUGGAGAAUAUUGAACAGCUGCAAUCCUUGGAAAAAUUGUAUCUGAAUGGUUGUCCUGCCUCUAUAAUAAAUUUUAGUUGCUGGACCAAGGAAAUUCCCAGCUUGCAGGAAAUUAGCCUUGGCGCCAACAAAGUUCCUAAGUGCUUAAAAUAUAAAAUGGAGUCGAAAAUGGUAGGCCAAAGUAAAGCAGCAAAAUAUUUUCAGAUUUCUCUUCCUACAAAUAAAUGUGGAAUCAGGUACACGGGAAUUUUGUUGUGUCUGCAUCUCAUGUUUAAAAAGCGUGUGUCCGACUUCGUGUCAGAUGAUGGAUCUAUGGUACUCAGCUUAAUAAGAGAUGAGGAUGAAAUUUUUCGCCAUACGAUUUUUGGGAACAGGCAAAACAGUUUAGGCGAUCGUCUGUUUGUAUUUAUAUACAGAGAAAAUCAUCCGUUUAUGAUGAAUCUUAGGGAUGGUGAUAGGAUACACAUCAAGUCAACAUUCAAGAGCUGGAUUGUGAUUAAAAAUGGUGCCCUGCAACUUCUAUAUGAAAAUGAAGUAAAUGGGGAAAGGAACGAGUACACAGUGUUGGAGUCGUUGUCCUUGGAAUUGAAUUCCCUCCUUUCAACCCAGCCAAAUGUUCAUUCUCACGAAGAUGAUGCAGAUGCAGAUGCAGACAAUGGUCCAGUCCACCAUAAUCAAAGUGGUGGGGAGCAUGAUACAGAUAACAAGACUGCUUCAAAUGUCAGCACAUGGUUGAAGAAGAGAUCCAAAAAACUUUGUUGCAUUUCGAACACUAUCUAGUAGAUGUCUUUUAGCCUGCCCCUGCAAAUGAAAGAGGAGGGAGUGUGCAUUGGAUGAUUCAGAAACUCAGAAACUGAUGCAAGUGGGACACUUUUGAGCCUCCUGUGCAGAUAGAAUAUGCUCAAGCAAGAUUGUCAAUUGACCAGAUUCGGCAGACACCUGGACUAUUCAAAUAUUUAACAAGAUCUUUUAUCUUUCCAGAACAUUUGGGAUAAGGAAAUCAUAAGUUGAAGUUGUAUCUAUACUCAGUCAAUAUUUAUAGAUUUUGUUUUUGGUUUU